AUGAGCAACAAUCACAUCGAAAGCGCUACCACGAUGAACCUGUCCCUUCGCCUGCGCGGUGGUGGCAAGGUUCACGGAUCAUUAGCACGUGCUGGUAAGGUGAAGGGGCAGACUCCUAAGGUUCCCAAGCAGGAAGACUCGAAGAAGGCGCUUACUGGUCGCGCUAAGAAGCGCUGGCAGUACAAUCGUCGUUUCGUGAACGUCGUGGCGGGCAUGGGUGGCAAGAAGUUGGGUCCGAACUCUAACGCUGCGAAGCAGUAA